AGCACCUCGUAAUGUCACGCUCACGUGCCUGCCAUUUCAACCACGACCAUGUCUGCACUGUGCAGCUCCCCCGCUGCUCUCAAGGCAGAGCUCGACCGAAUUCGCAAAAAGGUCUCCCUGCCCGAAUCGGAGGACUCCUGGGAUGUCAUAGCGGACGGUCUCUCUUCUUUGAUCACUCUCUGUCACAACGGAGGGUGCGAUCAUGCGUCAGACAUGGUAUCCGCCAUCCGCUCGCUCUCGAGACCUUUGAACAGUGCGAUGAACUCGGAGCGUACUCGCCUGUCAGGCACCGCCGUUGACCUGGUGUCGGCGCUCGCCGUCGGCCUUGGCUCGUCGUUCGAGCCGCUCGUGUCACUCUUUGUGCCUACAUUACUCGGGUUAUGUGGCCGUACUAACAAGGUCUUCACAUCCCGCGCGAAGAGCUGCAUCCUCACCAUCAUCGAACACACACAGCUCCCGUCCAUCUUGCACUAUUUGGUCGACAUGGCCGCUCAGAAGUCUGCCUUACAUCGCUUGGCGGCGGCAGAGGCCGUAUUGGCUUGCCUCAAUUCCUUGAAUCCUCCUGAUCUUGAAAAGGAAACCCGGGCUCGUUUAGUGGAAGACUUCAUCAGGGUAACAGCCCGCGACGCAAGUCCGGACGUUCGGAAAGCAAGCAAGCGAAUCUUUGCAGCCUACAAAACUCUGAUGCCCGCCAGAGUGGAAAAUUUUGUUAAUCCUCUCACCCCGACGGUCAAGAAGUACCUCGAUAUUCAAUCCAAUUCCAGGGGAAACCGUACUGUACCUUCGGUGAAAGACUCUCGUCCCAAGGCAACUGUAACAAAGCAGAAAGAGUCUUCUGCGCAGGCUAGAGGCUCUCGUCCCGUUGCUGCCCAAGCUGUAGCCCGCACAUCUCGCACUCUUCACGUGCCCACUCGUCGGGACCCGAUACGACCACCUUCUGUAACAGCUCAACGCGCACCGUCUGGCAGGCCUUUGGUAAAUCCCGGACCCCAACGUCCCGUGACCAAACCUAACGCCGGGGCUGGUUGCAAUGCACUAUCAGAUCCGCCGCAUACGGGAGGCGCUAGAAGGGUUCCCCUUCCAACGACUACUGAUGCAGGUCCCAGUAAGGGAUCAUCCACAACGGAAGCCCGUAAGCCCGUCCGUGGAAUACGUUUGGCCACCACCGCACCAAAAGUAGCCAACACUGCUGCGGGGACUCAGUUGGUACAGCCCAGUUCGAAACCUGCAGCGAAGGGUAUCCAUCGAACGAAACAGGCACCCAGACCUCUUCCUCGUUCCCCAAGUCCGGUUGUUCCUGCGGCGGCAGUCCCCUUACCUCCAUCUCCUGAGCCUACUGCCACCGCGGUACCACCGACACCUGUGCGCAGCCUGCAGCAGGAUGAUGCUGCAACGACCCCCACAGUUGAGCAGCAGACUGUCACUAAGACCUCGGCGGCACAGCCGACAUUUCCAUCACCUUCCAAGACGCCGAUCACGACGCUUUUGGCUUCCAUCCAGCGAGGUUUCCUAUUUACGCCAGCAUCGCCCUUAUCCCCACCUCUCACGUACCUACCUGUUGCAAACGAAAGAACGAGGACAAAUCAGCAGACUGAAGAUGACGAGUGGCCUGCUUUGAAUAUGACACGACCCUUGCGUGGUUAACCUAGCUAGGAUGUCACCGAGAACACCGUCAGGAGCCAAGCUGGAAAGUUGUAGA